AUCAGUUGUACUUUUUGUAUGACAUUACCUCUGACGAGUCACGUCUUCCCAAUUCCCAUUCGGGCUUCGUGUGUCAUCGGUUGUUGUCGUUACGCGUUACAUACAUUUUCGCCAUAAUUUAUUAUCUCCAACACUUCCGCUCCGGCCCCUCUUCUUAUCCUCCUCUUCUCGUCCAACACUUAAUGGGUAAUGACACACGUCCUUGUUGGCUUUAUCGUUUUUGUUAUGUCUAUUUUUAUUUAGAAAAAUAAUGAAUUAUCAUUAGUUCGAUCACCUACAGCGAAAUUUUAUUUCCGUAUCUAAGUCGUUCGCCAUACUAAGUUAUUGUUCUUGGGCUACACAGGUCGACACACGACGAAAUAACGCCGUUCGCCGUUAUUCAUUAGUUCCUAAUCCGUCUCUUAUUGAGUGUACAAGUGCAUUAAUGGUUUCUUAUUGAUAAUAUGCUUGAAGACCAAUUUCAAUAGUACUAAAUACCUAGAGAAUUUACUCAGGUAUGUCACGUAAGCAAAAAUGGAGAUCAAAAUCUGAUGACGAUGCUUUUGAAGAAUCGCCCAUAUCUCUUACCAUUGAGACGUUGACGGGUACAGCUUUUGAAAUUAGCGUGUCUCCAGCCGAUUAUAUUAGUUCGCUGAAGGCUCGAAUACAACGAGUUGAAGGAAUCCCAGUCAGUCAGCAACAUUUACUCUUGGGGGAGAAAAUCUUAUCUGACAAUACAACUAUAGCUCAUAAUAAUAUUUAUAAUGGAGCAACAUUGCGACUGGUGCUAUCCCUACAAGGUGGUCCAAUCGGGACUAGUCGAAGAAUGUUACCCCUUGAUAAUGAAACCAUUAGACAAUUGGUUGAUCUUAACAGAAAAGAAAUAUUGGAUGACGCGCCUCCAGGAAGUAAGCUUGCAGUUUUGAUAUUCCGUGAAGGUGAAGUCAUCAACUUGCUAAGAGUAAUUGAAAAUAGUGAUGGUUCUAUUACGAAUUUAAAAGAAUCCCCCAGAAAAAUAUCUACUGUAGAACAACCAGAGAAGAAAAAAUCUAAACAAUCUGUUGACAAUAAUGUGACAUAUCGUAAAAUGAUGCAGUUGAAAAAUAAAUUAGAAUCACUUUCUAUAUCAUCAAAAUCGAAAUUGAAGAGAACAAAAUCUGAUCACCGAAAAUCUACUACAUCUUGUGAAAGAUCACAAAUGAAGACUGAAAAAGAUAAUAGUAAACGUCAUACUUGGAGAUUACCUAAGAUUGUUCAACCAUCAACGGGUCUAGAGAAAUAUGUACGUAGUGCCGAAUUCUCCCGAAUACCAGUUUUACCGACAAUUGCUAGUGCAUGCUCUGAAAAAAAUACUAAAUCGACUUCAACUAGACAACUUUGCCAUUUUAUGAACGAUCCUAGACACACUGGUAGCACUUCAAGCAUUGACAGUAUUUCUGAAUCGGGUACAGACAUCGAGGUGUCCAGUGGAGAUUGGUCUAGGCGUCCUAGUAGUUCAUCGCUGGUAUUAUCACACAACAUUCACAUCAAUGUAUCUAGACAGGCAUCACCGACUGAACAAAUGGCUGCUAUGUCUCUUUCUAACAAUACUGGCUUGGGUGCUAUACAUAGGAUAUUAAAUAGGUCGGACAUGCCAAUUCAGUUAGACGAUAACGACGAGUCUUCGGAACCUGAAAAUAAUAAAGAAGAGAAAAAGGCUCCUAUAACAGUAAUCGGGGAAUUGAAUCAAACUUUUCCUGACAACCAAACUGUAGAAAAGAAGAAAAAACGCUGUGCCCAGUGCAACAAAAAGCUAACCAUAAGCGCACAAUAUACAUGCCGAUGUGGACUGAAUUUUUGUCCCGAGCAUAGGUAUUCAGAAUCCCAUAACUGCACUUAUGAUUAUCAAAAAAAUGGCCGUGAUUCUAUUGAAAAGAAUAAUCCACUAGUUGUGAGACCAAAGUUACCAAAAAUAUAAUCACUUGGUUAAAAAUAUAAUAUAUUUUAUCUGUAGUUGAUAGCUAUAAUACGUUUACACUGACACGCAUAACUUGUACGAUAAAUUGUUUGCAUACUUAUAAUGAAUUAUUUAUAAAAACGAUAAAUUACCUUAUUGGCCCUUUUUCUUGGCCAUGCAA